AUGCAUGCAUCCGAACUCCACCCUCUGACAAUUUCUGUUCUCUCUUCGUUCGGAUCCGAAAGCUCCCCUAGGGCUCGAGAAAUACUUGCAGGCUUGGUACGAUAUCUUCACGCAUUCUGCCGAGAUGUGAACCUCACUACUGAAGAACUUCACAUUGCUAUUGAAGUCUUGAACCGAUCUGGCCAAAUGAGUAAUCCUGAACGCAAUGAGACGUUACUGAUAGCAGACUGCCUGGGUGUAGAGGCGUUUGUUGAUGCUCAGACACAAAAAGCACUAGAGAAAGACAAUGGCAAAACUACCAAUUCUUGUGUUCUCGGCCCAUUCUAUACGGCCGAUCCUCCACGCUACCUGAACGGUGACAGCAUUAUCCAGAAAUACCUAGGCGGCGAAGUGACUUUCUUCCAUGGUCGAAUUUUGGAUGCAGAUACCAAUUUGCCCAUUGCAGGAGCCUCCUUGAAUGUAUGGCAAUGCGCGGUCAAUGGCUUAUAUGACCAACAAGACCCCAGCCAACCAUCAGGAAACAUGCGUGGCAUGUUCACGUCCGAUGGCGACGGCAACUACGCCUUCUACUGUAUAAAGCCAAUUCCUUAUCCUGUGCCCUACGACGGGCCGGCCGGUGAUAUUCUCAAGCUUAUGGACCGUCACCCCUAUCGGGCGGCUCACAUUCAUUUUAUGGUAACGAGCGAUUCUCAUCAUCGUUUGAACACGCAAGUGUUCCCCGAGGAUGAUUCUUAUCUCGACUCUGACUCCGUGUAUGCCGUGAAAUCGGAUUUGCUCCUUCAAUUCAAGCCUUAUAGAUCCGAUUUGCCUCAAGGUAAAGGGAGUGAGGGAACCUAUGUGAAAUGGGAAGUCAACUGGGACUUCAAGAUUAAGAGGCAAAAUUCUUGA